AACAUUUUGCGAGGAGCCUCAUUGCGGGACACACAUCCGCGCGAGGCAUCCGUUUGACCACCCCUUUUACUUAUUUUUACUUGUUAUUUUGUGAAUGUAGCAAAAAAUGAUAGCACAAUAUUCAUCCCUGGUUAUUUGGGUUAGCCUGUUGGCGACGACUUGCGGGAGUGUUUCAGACGUCGAGAAAGGAUUUUCAGCAACGGAUGGUGCAUUUUAUACAGACGAUGCGGUUAUACUAAAUGCUCCUGCGAGUCGUGUUAAGCGAGAUGUGUCAAACAGCACCAGGGAUGGAAAACAACUACUACUUUUGCGACCUAGGCAGACGGAGGAAGCGUUCGGGUUGGAUUGCGAGACGACGCUCGGGAAGAGAGGGACAUGUAAAAGCUUCCGCGACUGCUACCCGCUGUUCAAGGUGGCAAACCUGCCAGGCCUUGAUGGCUGGGUCAUGGGACACUACGACACCUGCAGCUACGUUAGUGGCGAUAACUUGGAGGUAUUUGGCGUUUGCUGCACGGAGCCUGUAGGCACGCCUCCUCAGCAGGAGCCCGAUGUGCAGCGACUGGGACUUCUGCCGCCAGUGAUACCAAUGCAGCUACCUCCAGUCAAUUCUAUGUUUCCGACCGUGUUGUCGGCGCUGGCUCCACAAUGGCCGCAGUUCCAGAAUGUUAACAUCCGCCAGAUACCGGCGCAGUGGCCGCCGACCCUGCCUCCGCUGCCGACUCACCCGCCAGACCACACUGCGCCUACACACCCACCUUCUUUAGUCGCAGGGGUCACCACGAAGCCGCCGACCGCCGGUACCACAACCACAUGGGCCACCAAACCUCCAAGCACAACAAAGCAGUCUUGGCCUCCUGCUUUCCCAACACAGCCGGCUAAACCUCAACCAGUGAAGCCAUUGCCGCAGCCCUCGACUGAAUGUGGUAUUAAAAAUGGCGCUCAUCAGGCGUACGACCUCCAAGACGAAGAGCGUAUUGUUGGCGGGCACAACGCUGACCUGAAUGAGUGGCCCUGGAUCGUGGCUUUGUUCAACAAUGGCCGACAAUUCUGCGGAGGUUCGCUCAUUGACGACAGACACGUCUUGUCCGCUGCCCACUGCGUCGCCCACAUGACUUCUUGGGACGUGGCUCGCCUAACAGCAAGACUAGGCGACUACAAUAUCCAUUCCAACGUGGAAACGCAGCACAUCGAGCGGAAGAUCAAGAGGGUAGUCAGGCAUCGUGGAUUCGAUAUGCGCACCCUGUAUAACGACGUAGCUGUUCUAACACUGGAUCAACCGAUACCGUUUACGAAGAAAGUGCACCCAUUGUGUUUACCCGGCUCAGGAAAAGCGUAUGCGGGCUUGAUUGCCACGGUCAUCGGCUGGGGCAGUCUGCGGGAAAGUGGACCACAGCCCUCGAUCUUGCAAGAGGUUUCCAUCCCAAUCUGGCAGAACUCUGAAUGCAGACAAAAGUACGGAGCGGCGGCGCCGGGAGGAAUAGUCGAACACAUGCUUUGCGCUGGCAAAGCUAGCAUGGACUCCUGCAGUGGUGACAGUGGCGGCCCACUGAUGGUCAACGAAGGAGGUCGCUGGACUCAAGUGGGUAUCGUGUCUUGGGGCAUCGGAUGCGGCAAGGGUCAGUACCCUGGAGUCUACACCAGGGUCACUGCCUUCCUACCGUGGAUACAAAAGAACUCUAAAUAAUUUCACCUUACAAAAUAAAUCUGCUCAGUAAGCGCGCAUAUGUGUGUGCCGCAAUAGUCUUUUGUUUUCCUACAAAUAGCGGGAAACUCGCGAGCAGAGAGAUUUUUUAUGUUAUUUAUAAAUCAAACAUCAAUUACUUUGAGAAAGACAACCAAUAAAUAUACUUGCCUUUCUUAAUUAAUUGAUAAUUGGAAAAAGAGACUUUAUAUUAUUUUUUCCACGUUUAAAAUAAUAUUGCUUUCCAAUUUAUUAAGAAAAAUGUGCCAAUAUAUAAAUAAGAUUUCGAAAUAAAGCUAUUUAUAAGAUUC